GGGGAGCAACUGCAGGAAAAAAUCAGGCUCAAAUCCAUGAAUUUCUGACGUUACACCAGACCGACGGCAUCUGAGGAUAAACCAGGACUGAACCGGGAGGAAACUGGGACUAAAUCAGGAUUACAGCAGAACUAAACCAAUACUGCAACAGGACUAAAGCCAAGACUAAAUCUCAGUCAGCACUAAACCAGAUCUAAAUCCAGCGACAGCCUCUUCUAUACACAGUACAAUGCAGUGGAGUCUAUUCAGUGGAGUCUAUUGGAUUGUGGGAUCUAACCAGGCCUGGACCAGAAUCAGAACCGGUCUGAAUGUGUUCUGAGCCGAUCCAGGCCCAGUUCUGAUUGAAGUGAGGCCUAAGGCUGAAAAUGGGCCACAACCGACAGCAUGCUGCAGUUUACCCAGAGACUCUCAGACCCAGGAGUGUACCAGAACUAACUCAGACCCAGAGCUGAUUUCCACCAAGUCCAUUCUAAAGUCUGAGUUCCAGAGGGUUCCAGGUCCCAUUUCAAGUCCUGGAUCUCAAUCAGAACCAUGUUGAGCCUGAUUACAGUCCGCGCCUAUAGGAUUCACACUGGGCUCCUGGAUCCAUCCUGAUCCGGGACAAUACCAGAUCCUCAGAUCUAGUUUAGACUCUGGAGCAUCUAUAGACUGGGACUUUUGGACUGUUUUUAGACCCAGAACCAAGUCUGGACCCACAAAUACCUGUCUGGACUAGUUUAGAUCCAAAGAGACCUUACUACCCGAAUUUUAGAUCUGAAAUGUGGGUUUCAUUUUAGACUAAGGAUGGUCCAGCAGCAGGCCCUGGUCUACAACUAUCUUUUCAGCAAAACAUGGAGUCACUCACUGAACAAACUUUUUAAUUGACCAUUCCACCCUCCCUUCUCCCAAACUCUCCUUUUCUAGCUCCUUCCUCUCCUCAGACUCCCCCUCCUGCUCCCUUUCUUUCUGGACUCUACACAAUAAAUCUCCCUCCUCGUAUGCAGCGAUUCACAAACUGGUUUUACUCCAGAUGCCCUUCCUGCAGCUUGGUGUGGCACAAAUAGCACAAAUGGCUCUGUUAAUCAAUAGACUGAAGAUCUGGAUUUGGACUAACUGCACCAAACUAGACUUUGUGUAAUCUUACCAACGCCUAGACGUCUGUUAGAUCUCCAACUUUUGUAGUUCCACCAAAACUACUUUCUGUUGAUCUAGUGCCAGCAACAGACCAGAACUGGACCAUUCCAAGGUCUGUUGAAGGACUACAUAAACUUAACCUCAAUCCUAUGUUUCUCCAGCUCCACUGUAGCACUGUAGGUCCGGCCACGAGAGACUAAAGAUGGAUGGUACAGGGUCUAGUCCGGGUGCUCAAAGUCCGGAAAGUCCAAACCGGGCCGUGGAGUACCUCCUAGAACUCAACCACAUCAUCGACUCCCAGCAGAAACUUCUAGAGUCGCAGAGGAAACGAAUCCAAGAGUUGGAGGUUCAGCUGGAGCGGUUAAGCCAGGAGAACCAGGACCUGAGGAACCAGGACCGGAGUCAGUCACAGGAGCAAACCAACACCGGGAACAUCCAGACCAACUCAAACCCAGAACCACGGCAGAACCAGAACCAGCCCAAAGCCCGUCCUGAACCUCCUCCUCCCCCUCCUCUGCCUCCAACCAUCACUCUUUCCAAAAACACGAAUAAGACCAGCUCUGGACCAGCCAAAACCAGUUCUGGAUCCACCAAAACCAGUUCUGGACCAGCCAAGACUUGCUCAGUCCCAGCACGACCCUCUGAAUCGUCCUUAAAGAACCCCAAAGCCCAAGACUGUGGCUCUAAACCUCGGAUCUGUAUAAACUCGCACAGUGUGGAAUUGAAGGCCCAAGAUAGCAGCUGCCGGACACCGUCUGUGUCAGCAAAGGUUUGCUCGGUGUCUAGUACUAACUCAGAACUCAACUCCAAAACUACAGAGAUUUCAUCAAAGACGGCCGAGUUCUCCUCCAGGACCUUCGAGUUCUCCUCCCGAGGCCCAGUCCUCACCAAGACCGAGUCCGGGUCCAAAGCCCACUUCCAGAGCCACUUCUCGUACAGCAGCAGUGUGGCUAAUGUUAGCUUCCAGAUCCCAGCCCCUGCCACAUCCUCCUCUGGUCCAAUGGAAGCCCCACCCCCACCCCCCCUUCCAGUGCGCACGCACAUAAACACCCAUGUGAACACCCAUGUGAAUGCCCACGUGCGCACUCGCACCUCAACUGGGACCAACACCAACUUUGUGGAGAAAGAAAAAGAACGACUUGAGCGACUCCAUCGAGUUAAUGCAGCUAACAAUGUCCAUGCACACACACUGCAUGGCAACAGGUGUCACUCCUCCACUUCUUGCCGCUCCCCGCCCUCCUCAUGUAUAUCCCCGCCCACCUCAUGUGUUUCCCCGCCAACCUCCUGUAUGUCCCCACCCACCUCCUGCAUAACCCCUCCCUCUUACCCCGGGUCAUCAUCCAGUCUUCCUCCAAACAGCUCCUUCCAUCAGUUCUGCUGCGCAUCCAGACUCUUGCACCUGCCCCCUCCACCAAGCAAGCACUCCAGGGAGGACGAAGAUGAUGAUGUUGCUCAUCAGUUCUGUUGCCCUGCCUCCGAGUGCAGUAGCCCCUCCUCCAGAACCUGCGCUCAUGGACCAGAACCGGACCGCAACACCCGCGCCCUGAGCCCCUUUCCCGUGGUUCCGAGAUUGUUUUCUCGCGGAGUCAUGUGGUGCAUCAAUUGCGCGUCGGAUAAAACACCAGCGCUCAACAACAAGCUUCUGUUCAGUCCGGACCAGGCCCACUGCGCCGAAGCCACCAUGAUGCCCUUUGACCCAUCCUCUUUCUCCUCUCCCUUUCAUCGCCAUGGCAAUAGUCCCUUGCCCCUUCGCCAUAGCAACAACCCUCUGCACCGCCCCUGUGACCCAUGUGACCCCUACUGCUCUGCCCACAAACUCACUCAGGGCUCUGUGUCCCCCGUGUCUCCCCCUGCUCCUGGGCUCACCUGGGCUCAGAGGAGACUGCAGUCUGCCAGUGUGGCUCUCAGAAACCAAGAUGAGGACUAUGAGCUGUCCACAGAUCUGCAGGAUAAGACAGUGGAGAUGCUGGAGAGGAAGUAUGGUGGGCAGUUUGUCACCCGCCGAGCAGCACGGACCAUCCAAACAGCCUUCAGACAAUAUCGAAUGAGGAAGAACUUCCAGCGACUGCGGAGCUCUGCUUCUGAGAGCCGCAUGACCCGCCGCAUUAUCCUGACCAACAUGAGGUCCCAGUACUCGUUUGAAGAGCGACUUCCUCAAGGUCAAGGGUCUCCAGGUCAGCAAGGCUCAGAGGUUGGGGGAGAUCUGGAAGAUUCUUUCUCCAAAGCGGUGGCGUCCUUGGCUGACUCUAUGGACGACUCCCUGACCUGUCAGUCCCAGUCUGGUCUGGACUCUCAGGACCCUCCUGAGGACAGUGCGGAGGAGACACCCGAAGACAGUCCAGAGGAGGACAGCCCAGAUGAGGACAGUCCAGAUCCAGAGCAGUACCAGGGCUACCGCUGCUCUCUGGGGCCCGGCUCUAGCUCUGAUACAGAGUUCUGGUCUGGAGACAGAGAGAGCUCCAGGAGCGGCUCUAGACGGGGGUCCAGGGGAGGCACUGCACCAGGGCACCUGCCUGUUCUCACCAUAGAACCCCCCAGCGACAGCUCUGUGGACAUGAGCGACCGCUCUGAACGUGGAUCGAUUGGGCGCCUCGUCUAUGAGCAGGAUUCUUCAGUGGAUCGAGGGGCAGAGGGGGAGGUCCGUAGUGAAACUGGAGGAGAGACAGCAGGAGAGGAGGAAGAGGACAGCCCAGAGGAGGAGGAAGAGGAGACCCGUGACGAAGGAGACUCAACUGAAACUGAGUCUCUGCAGGGGACCAUCAAACACAAACCCAACCAAAACCAGGCUCAGGGACAAACCAGGGUCCCAGCUCCUCUGCCCAUACCCUCAGCCCGCACUCUGCCCCCACACCCACUCACUCACCCUCAGCCCCACCCCCAGAUCCACACUCACCCACAGCACCCCCUCCUGCCCCACCUUCAGCACAGCGCCCCCUACUCUCAAAUGCAUCAUCCACACCAGCCUUAUGUCCAGCACUAUCUGCACAGCCAGGGAUACAACCAAAACCAAGUCUACAGUCAGAUCCAUGGAUUCCACCCUCACGCUCACCCCCAACUCCUCGCACACACCUGCCCACAGAGUUGCCCCCAAAACCUACCACCGCUGCCUGCCUCAUUCCCUGAGCACACAUGUCUCCAGCAGAAGCCCCACUAUCCACAAAACUUGCCUCAGCAAAGACCCAUUCUGCCCCCACACCCAAUGCAUAACCAUCCCCCAAUUCACAACCACCCCCAGAACUACCCUCAGGUCCAUCCCCAUAGUCACCCCCUGAACCAUGCUCAUUUUGCCCCACACCAGAUUCACAGCUUUCCCCAGGCUGACCCGCACUUCCACCAGCUUCCUCCUCAGAUGCCUCCUCAAAUGCCUCCUCAGAUGCCUCCUCAGAUGCCCCCUCAGAUGCCUCCUCAGAUGCCCCCUCAGAUGCCCCCACAGCUUCCCCCAUUACCACAUUUGCCCCAUUUGCCCCCUCAGUGCUGCCCCGAGCCACCAGUCUCACCUCACCCUUUACUGUCCUCGGACGGCGAUAAUGAUAGCGUCCAAUCAGCGACCACGAAUUCCAACGAUGAUACAACCACGACAGCCAAUCACAGCUCUGGCUCCUCCUCCCGCGAUAGCCAGCCAAUGGGAGCGCUCACGGGGAUGGGGGGCGGGACUCUGGGCAAAAUGACCUACCAGAGGGAAAGCAGAAACAACUGGGACUCUCCUGCGUUUAACAAUGACGUGGUUCAGAGACGACAGUAUCGCAUCGGACUCAACCUCUUUAACAAAAAACCAGAGAAGGGUGUGCAGUACCUGAUCGAGCGUGGGUUUGUGACGGACUCUCCUCUGGGCAUCGCACGCUUCAUCCUUGAACGAAAAGGGCUGAGCCGACAGAUGAUCGGAGAGUUUUUGGGCAGCAGACAGCAGUUCAACAAAGAUGUGUUAGAAUGCGUGUUGGAGGAGAUGGAUUUCUCUGGGAUGGAUGUAGACGAGGCUCUGAGAAAGUUCCAGGCUCAGAUCAAAGUGCAGGGAGAGGCUCAAAGAGUAGAGCGGCUAGUGGAAGCUUUCAGUCAGCGGUACUGUAUGUGCAACCCCGUCCUUAUCCGACAAUUCCAGAAUCCAGACACUAUCUUCAUUUUGUCCUUCGCGAUAAUUUUACUGAACACAGACUUGUACAGUCCGAGUGUGAAACCAGAGAGAAAGAUGAAACUGGAGGACUUCAUCAAAAACUUACGAGGAGUGGAUAAUGGCAGUGACAUCCCAAGGGAUUUGCUGGUGGCCAUAUUUGGUCGGAUUCAGAAGUGGGAACUAAGGACAAAUGACGAUCACGUGACCCAGGUCCAGGCACUGGAGCGGAUGGUGGUCGGCAAGAAACCGGUGUUGUCACUCCCUCACAGGAGGCUGGUCUGCUGCUGCCAGCUUUACGAAGUCCCCGAUCCAAACAGAGGACAGAAGUCUGGAGUUCACCAACGAGAAGUGUUCCUCUUCAAUGACUUGCUGAUGGUGACAAAGAUAUUUCAGAAGAAGAAGAACUCUGUGACCUACAGUUUCAGACAGUCCUUUCCAUUAAUCGACCUCCAAGUGCAGACCUUCCAUAACAACUUUUACCCUCAUGGGAUCCGGCUCACGUCUCAAACACCAGGAUCCGAAAAGAAAGUCCUAAUGGUUUUCAAUGCUCCGAGUCACCAGGACCAAGCCCGCUUCAGUUCAGACCUGAGAGAGAGUAUCGCAGAGGUGCAGGAGAUGGAGAAGUACCGCCUCGAGUCGGAACUGGAAAAACAGAAAGGACCAAUCAGAGGAGAGCUUGUAAAUGGUACCGGACCAAUAAGAGGAGAGAUGGUUAACGGGGUCCGCCCCAGUUUAGAUGAUUCAUACGCCAAUGACGGCCUUAAACGCAACGCAUUAAACUCCUCUUUGAGAGAUCUGACUGAGACAGGGAAGCGUGGUCGCAGGAACAGUGUGGGUUCCCUGGACAGCACCAUCGAGGGUUCCAUUUUGUCAGGACCACACUGCAGAGAACAGCGCCCUCCUCAGGCUGCGCCCUUCUCACCUGUCUCUCCAUCACCUGGUUUCCAGGGAUACCGCUUUGGGGGUGUGCCCAAACCACCAGUCGCUGCGCCACAUUCAUCGUUUGCAGGACGUCGCGCAAAGAUUCCGGUGCCUUUGGUGAUGUCACCGCCUGUGACUCCACCCCCAUUAACUCCACCCAUUUCCUCUCCACCACACUACCCCGCUCCCUCUCCGCCUGUGGCCCCACCCCCUCCAUAUCACCUAGUCCAAUCACAAGCUACCGCCAAACGGACAGUCUCUACUCCUCUUUCUCCAAGAUCCCCGCUUCCUAGUCAAUCACGUGUCCCCAACAGCAGCAACCAAUCGUCUCGCAGCCCUGGGUAUAAACUACCUCUAAGCUCCUCCCACUCUCAUCCUCUGAGUCCUGCCCAUUUCCUGUUCAGCGCCCCAUCUGCCCGGUUGGUCCCUCAGCACUAUGCCCCUCCCAUGCCAGGCACUCUGGCCCCACCCCCUCGCUCGCCGCUCCCAGCAGGCGCCACAGCAACAGCAUCUAUGCCAACGGCAGCCAUGGCAACAGGGACAAUAAAAAACAAACAGAGCCGCAUAAGCACCGUCGUCUAG